UCAAAGUAAACAUAACCUCACAACGAGGUGUUCGUAAUUAUCGAAUGAACCUUUUGCAAUACAUAUACAGAAAUUAUAUUCCGUGUAUGGACAACAUUGAUCUAGCACUAUACAGCAGUUAUGCCAGUUUUCCAGGAAUCAUGUGCCGAGCAAAUACAGGCGCAGACGAUAAUAAUUAUACAUCCAGGAUCGAUGAAUCUUCGCAUGGGUCGAGCCUCUGAUCUAAAUCCCAAUGUUCUCCUUAAUGCCGUCGCAAGGAAGAGGCUGCAAGGAGGAUUGGCAUAUAAAGAUCCCUUCUUUCCAUCUCAGGUUCCUAAAACCAAGGAGCUCACGCAAGCAAUGGAGGAAUCUCGUCUUCAAGUUUCUCACACUCUACAAUCCUGUCUGCAGUCUGACGGAAGAAGAAGAUACGCAACACCUCCACAGCAAAUAGCUGCUUUCAAUCGAAGAUCGAAUCCAGAAACCCUUUCACCGUCCGGCGGAGAAUGGAUAAAAACCGAUGAAGAAGUGGUUGUGGGUGAUGAUAUUCUAUCCCUCAAUCCAGAGGCAGAUUUCAAUAUUCAUUUCCCAUACAAGAGAGGGGAAUUGAAUGUUCACUCGGGACCCGGAGGAAGCCUUAGAGCUGUUUUAGCAAAUCUAAAGAUAAUCUGGGAACAUGUUUUAACAAAAAAAAUGAACGUCCCCUUGAAAGAUCUACGCCAUUAUCGAGCAGUGCUUGUUGUCCCCGAUAUUUACAACAGACAUUACUUGAAAGAGUUGACAACCCUUCUUUUGUGUGAAAUGGGCUUCGGAGGAUGUUUUCUGUUACAGGAUCACGUUGCAGCUACGUUUGGUGCUGGUUUAGGAUAUGCCUGCGUUGUUGAUGUUGGAGAUCAAAAAACGUCAGUUUCCUGUGUAGAAGAUGGAAUUUCUCACAGAAAUACGCGAGUACGGAUGGACUUUGGAGGCGCAGAUAUUACACAAACGUUUUUCUGGCUCUUACAAAAGUGUGCAUUUCCCUAUAAAACUUGCAAUGCAUCCAACAGGCUCGAUGCAUUGCUUCUAGACCAAUUGAAGAGGGAUUUUUGUCACGUCGAUUUGAAUGUCUGUGGAUCCCAAGAAAAGACAUUCAUUGUUCGACAACCUAAAAUCCCAACCGAGAAGUACACAUUGCAGGUUGGCGAUGAAUGCCUAGUGGCACCUCUGAGUUUAUUUCAACCAGAGUUGUUUAAAGUUACUGGAAUGCACACUGUCCAUACACAAAAACGCUCGAUGGGAGAUUCAGAAGAUCCACAUGAUGAAAAUUAUUUACGAGAGACAAGCAGACGUGGAGCAAAGGAGAAUUUGGAGCAGACAUUAGAAAUGCCCGAGGAAGUUGCUACGCCAGCUGUGACAGGCGAGGAAGAGGUCGUCGUUGAUGCCGUUGAUUCGGCGCCGAUUAGUUUGGGGAUUCGCGACUUAGAUACCCCACGAGAUUUCGUUGUUGGUCCCCAGCAACUUUUGGGGCUCGAUCAUGCUGUUCUACAAAGUAUCGAUCGAUGCCCAACUGAUGAUUUGAAACGUAAAAUGUACAGUUGCAUAUUGGUAGUUGGAUCUGGAAUGAAGUUCCAGGGAAUAGGAAUGUGGCUGCACAAUAGAAUAUCCUUGCAAAUUCCGUACAUGUACAGGGCUGAGCAACUCGACAUUAUAACACAACCCAAGGAAAUGGACCCAGGGAUGACAGCUUGGAAGGGUGCUGCGAUAUUGAGUUGUUUAGAAUCAGCACAAGAGUUGUGGAUUGGUCGUCAAGAAUGGGAGCAAAUUGGUGUCAGAAUUUUAAGAGAGAGAGCCCCAUUUAUGUGGUGAAAACUUGUAACUGACUGACAGAGUUCGUUCUGGU